AUGGACCACAUACCCCUCAAUCACGAAGCCUCGGCCGGCGAUACUCACAAGACGACCACUCCGGACCUACCGCCUGAAGUAGUACAGUGCUUGGAGAAUGCGAGAUUUCUUCACCUCGCAACAUGCACCGAUAACAUACCCCACGUCUCCCUGAUGAGCUACACAUAUCUGCCUUCAUCACCCUACUCGAUAUCCCCUGUCGUUGUCAUGACAACAAACGCCGCAAGCAAAAAGACCAACAACCUCAUCGCAAAUCCAAACGUGUCGCUGCUCGUCCAUGAUUGGGUCUCGCACCGUCCUCCUUCGUCAACCCGUCGCCCGUCCGGUGGUUCCCCGGGCCCCGAACAUCGUUCCAGCCUCGCCUCGCUGCUCCUGAACCUGAAUACGUCGUCUAUAUCCUCCAUUUCGGCCACCAUCAACGGUUCCGCCCGUUUGGCCGACGCCGGGUCUGAAGAGGAAUCCUUCUUUAAGCAGCAGCACCUUGAAAACAACACAUUUGAAGACAGCACGGCCGGCGCGUCAAUCUUUAGCACUGCGCCCGCCGACGGUGCCCGGCCGACGUUUGUCGAGGGGGAGGAUGUUAGAGUCGUCGUGGUCAAGAUCAAGGACGUUAGGAUCAGCGACUGGAAGGGCACUGUCAGGGACUAUGUCAUUGUUCCGAGCGAACCAAGAGUGAAUGGUGUAUAG